GGAGGGGGAGGAGGAGGAGGAGGAGGAGGAGGAGGGCGGCCUGAGGCAGGAAGGCAGUGCCAGGGCGGGGGCGGGCUCAGCCCGGCAGCCUCGGGUGGGCACCGUGGGCAGGGCGGGCAGCGGGCUGUGAGCGGGAGGAUGCGUCUCUCCAAAACCCUGGUCGACAUGGACAUGGCCGACUACAGCGCCGCCCUGGACCCGGCCUACACCACCCUGGAGUUCGAGAACGUGCAGGUGCUGGCCAUGGGCAAUGACACGUCCCCGGCGGAAGGCGCCAACCUCAGCGCGCCCAACAGCCUGGGUGUCAGCGCCCUGUGCGCCAUCUGCGGGGACCGGGCCACGGGCAAGCACUACGGCGCUUCCAGCUGUGACGGCUGCAAGGGUUUCUUCCGGAGAAGCGUGCGCAAGAACCACAUGUACUCCUGCAGAUUCAGCCGGCAGUGCGUGGUGGACAAAGACAAGAGGAACCAGUGCCGCUACUGCAGGCUCAAGAAGUGCUUCCGGGCUGGCAUGAAGAAGGAAGCCGUGCAGAACGAGCGGGACCGAAUCAGCACUCGCCGCUCCAGCUACGAGGACAGCAGCCUGCCGUCCAUCAACGCCCUGCUGCAGGCCGAGGUCCUGUCCCAACAGAUCACCUCCCCCGUCUCCGGGAUCAACGGAGACAUUCGGGCCAAGAAGAUCGCCAGCAUCGCCGACGUGUGCGAGUCCAUGAAGGAGCAGCUGCUGGUGCUGGUGGAGUGGGCCAAGUACAUCCCCGCCUUCUGUGAGCUGCCGCUGGACGACCAGGUGGCCCUGCUCCGAGCCCACGCGGGCGAGCACCUGCUCCUCGGAGCCACGAAGCGAUCCAUGGUGUUCAAGGACGUGCUGCUCCUAGGCAAUGACUUCAUCGUCCCGCGCCACUGCCCGGAGCUGGCAGAGAUGAACCGGGUGUCCAUGCGCAUCCUGGAUGAGCUGGUGUUGCCCUUCCAGGAGCUGCAGAUCGACGAUAACGAGUACGCCUGCCUCAAAGCCAUCAUCUUCUUCGACCCGGACGCCAAGGGGCUGAGCGACCCGGGCAAGAUCAAGCGCCUGCGGUCGCAGGUGCAGGUGAGCCUGGAGGAUUACAUCAACGACCGCCAGUACGACUCGCGCGGCCGCUUCGGGGAGCUGCUGCUGCUACUGCCCACGCUGCAGAGCAUCACCUGGCAGAUGAUCGAGCAGAUCCAGUUCAUCAAGCUCUUCGGCAUGGCCAAGAUCGACAACCUGCUGCAGGAGAUGCUGCUGGGAGGGCUUACUCCUGGCUCCUGUGCUCAGGGAUCACUUCUGGCAGGCUUGGGGGACCAUGUGGGGUGCCAGAGAUCAAACCCAGGGUCCUCCAGUGAUGCACCCCAUGCCCAUCACCCCCUGCACCCCCACCUGAUGCAGGAACACAUGGGCACCAACGUCAUCGUGGCCAACACGAUGCCCACUCACCUCAGCAACGGACAGAUGUGUGAGUGGCCCCGACCCAGGGGCCAGGCAGCCACCCCGGAGACCCCACAGCCCUCCCCACCGGGCGGCUCAGGGUCUGAGCCUUACAAGCUCCUGCCAGGAGCCAUCGCCACCAUUGUCAAGCCGCCCUCUGCCAUCCCCCAGCCCACCAUCACCAAACAGGAAGUCAUCUAGCAAGCCGCUGGGGGGCAGGGGCUCUUGCGGGCCCCCCAGCCCCCAUAGAGCACCCCCCACCCCGGUGGUGACCCCAGCGACAGAAGCCGGGACCACAGGACAAGCCCAGAGCAGCCAUGGAAAGAGCGAUGGACCCUGGAACUCGGGAAUGAGACCCACAUCCGUGGCUACCCCACCCCUCACUCUGCAGGACUCUGGAUAGGCUGCCCGACGCUGCCUCAGACAGGUUCUCCCUGGCUGAAACCUCUGUCUUCCCCUCCCCCGCCGCCAUGCCCACCGCCAGCUUCUUCACCCCCAGAGGGCUGCAGUCCGACCUGACCCUCUGCCUGGGGUCUCUCCUACUGCCAUACAAGGAGACACAAGGACAGAGGAAGGCAACCUCCAGGGACACCUCGGUUCUUUCCGAACCCCAGGCUACCUUUCGGCACAAAACUGACCUCUCUCUCUCUCCUCCUCCUCCUUCUCCUCCUCCUCCUCCUCCUCCUGUUCCUGUUCCUCCUUCUCUUCCCUGGGGCCCAGAGAUCUUCACUGAAGAGGCCAUCAUGGUCCAUGUAACGUUUCUAAACCUCAACACAACUUAAGUGGCGGAGAGAGGAUUCAUCGCACAUGGGCCUGGAUGGGACCCCGAGUCCUUAGCCUCAGCGAGAACCAUCUCCGAAAGGGGCCCCUGUCCGCUCUGAGACUGGACAAGGGACCUGACCUCCUCCGCUAGCUCCAGGAGUCCAGUUCUCAUUCUGCCCCAAGUCCCGCCCUCCCCCAGGGCUAAGAUUGACCCAACGCUGACAUCCGGUUAAGGUCCACAAUCACGUCUGCUGAUAAAUGUGGAGAAUUCGUAACUCUCGGACCCCUCUUCUCCCUUUGCUCCCCAAGACUGGAGGUGGGAGGAGGGUAGCAGAGAGAAGUUUACUUUCUAAUUCUUUGGAAGAAAACUGAUAUGGCUUGACAUUGCGAGGUAAUGGGUGAUUUGGGUGGGGUUCAGGGAGGAAUAAAAAAGCUGGGGUGAAGACCUGUUUGGGGGACUAUCCCUUAGGUACCACUGUAGCACUGUCCUCCCGUUGUUCAUCGAUUUGCUCGAGCGGGCACCAGUGACGUCUCCAUCGUGAGACUUCUUGUUGCUGUUUUUGGCAUAUCGAAUACGCCAUGGGGAGCUUGCCAGGCUCUGCUGUGCAGGCGAGAUACUCUCGGUAGCUUGCUGGGCUCUUUAAGAGGGACGGAGGAAAUCUAACCCGGGUUGGCUGCAUGCAAGGCAAACGCCCUACCCACUGUGCUAUCACUUAGGUACAUUCUGGAAAUAUCAAAUCCCGGAAUGGCGCAGGCAGAACCCAGUCUGUUUGGAAUCAUGCAGUCUUCAGGGGAAGUUGGGGUAAUGCCACUGGCUGGCGGGAAUGACGGGUCUAGACGGCCUGGAUCUGUAGCGGAGAGAGAAUUCUUACCCCGGUUCCUGCUUCCACUGCGGCUGAGCCUUAUGGAUGAUGGAGGAGGCACCAGUUGCCAGAAACUACACUUUGAGUGGUGGUUCCAUUGAGCGAGAGGCAAGAAAACCAGGUGUCCAAGAAGAUGCUGUGUCUCCAGGUGCCAGGGGAGAUGGUUGCCUGUUCUGAACUCAGCCCUUCCUCGCCCAGCCUUCCUUAGGUGCCCCCAGAAAAUUCAGUAGGGGCUCAGAUUGGCAUGAGGUGUUGGCUGGGCCGCUAGACUCAUUCUGGUCAUCUUGGUCAUUAGGUUAUUGGAACCGUUCAUGGUUCUUUUAACCCCAGCGCUGCCAGGUCCUGUGACAGGAGCAAAGUUAAGAUUCGAAUCUUCCAGGAGUGAUGUGGGAUGGGGGGAAUGGUUGGCCAUUCACUGGUAGGAGGGCAGCCCUUUGCUCCAAACCUCCCCCCCGGGUCGAGAAAUCCAUCUGCUUUAAUCCUCUUAUGGAUGAAGGAGACACGAAACAAUGAGAAGUUUACUUUCUGACUCUAAACAGAGGGGACCACCUCGGAAAAUUCCUCCCCCUGUACCCCACCUCCUGAGUUAGGGUCCCAGAGCAUCCGGCUACAAAAAAAGAGGGAGGCAAGCCUGAACCCCACAAUUCCUGCACUGAGGCCAUGACUGCCAGGCAGCUCUCCAAAGACUUCCAGAUGCCCACAGCUGGACCCAGAGUGGACAGAGGCACAGACAGGGCGGACGAGGACAAUUCUUCCUUGUGAUGACCAAGCCAGUCGCCUCGGCCGAGUUUCUCUCGUUGUCCCCGGUGGGGAUGAGUUGAGAAAUGCACGCAAGGCCGUUCUGGAGGUCAGGCUGAUGCUCCGCUUCCUGUGGGUGUGUGUCGUUAGGGUCUGGGCUGACCCUGAGCCCAUCCAACGCUGCCACCAAAAGGGGUUAAAAAUAAACUUCCUCCCCCUCCCAAUCCCCCCCACCCCAAACAUUUCUACACUUGUGCGUUUUAACAAAACUUUAUAAAGCAAAAUAAAUGCCACGUAUGUUUUCUAA